CUUGAACUUUGACAGAUGACAAAAAUUGAUAUUGACCAAAAGUCAAAACAUUUGUUUAAAAUUACAUCAAUCUAUUUCUUAUCAUUCAGUAUGUAAUAGUCUAAAAAAAAUGUUUGGUAUUUUCUCGUCAAUCACCUCGUUCGUUAGACUAGGCCCUAGAGAAUAUAUACGACAAAAGUACAAGUUGCCGCUAGUCAAAUUCAUACAUGACACUGUCAAUCUGUACAAAUCUCGAACCAAAGCAGGGGUCCACAAUGUUAGAGAAGUCUUGUUUCGGGGCACCGUGAUAGCGUUGAUUACGGCUCUAUUAGUAUGGCUCUCAGUAUUUAUGUAUGUAGCUUUCUAUUAUGUAUAUGUGCCCACAAUAUCACACGAAAGACCUGUAUACCUCAAAUUCAAGCCAUGCGGUGCAAGUGACAAUUGUUCUGUAGAAAAAGGUAUUUGCAGUUUCCCAUCUGCUCAUGUUCAGUUGACCAAGAAGCAACAACUCUUGAUGAUGGGACAGGCUUACAAGAUACAUCUCGAUUUAGAAAUGCCUGAAUCACCAACUAAUAGAGAAUUAGGUGUGAUGAUGAUAUAUGAGCCCCUUCCCAGUUCAGUUGGCCCAACUAUUGAAGUAUUAGUUUUCUUCUUAUCAAACACAAAUAAUAAAAAUGUAGCAGUUUGUUAUAGGUUUAAAAUAUUAACAAUGAAUAUUUUGAUAAUAUAUAGUAGAAAAUGCCAACUUUAUCACUCCCUAAGCAAAUUUGCAGCAUAA